AAAGGAGAAAAAAAGUAAUGCGUAUAUUAAGUUUCAGUUUCAAUUUCAAUUUUGAAGUGGUUGUACGGUAAGAGGCAGAAGUAUAAAUGAAAAGAUUCAGUUUUAGGUGGGUAUACCCGCGCGGAAAAGUAGCCGUUGGAGCGAUUAAAGAAGGAAGAAAGAAAGAUGUUGAAAGUGUUCGGGCGGCAGAAGCAGUCGCGUGCGUUCAAGGAGUACUACUUGGAGUGGUUCAACACCCUAAAGAACAACCUCCUCCCCCUCCUUCGCCGGUCCAUCGCAGGUGAGUCAUCCACCAUCCUCUCCAGCCACGUGGAGAUGCUCCACCAGCACUUCCAAUCCUACUACCACGCCCUAGACGCCGCCGCCACCACAGACCCCACCCAACUCCUCUCCCAGGACUGGCGCAACAACCUCGAAAAACCUCUCCUCUGGCUUGCCGAUCUCCACCCCUUCCUCUUCACCAACCUCGUCCGCUCCUUCCUCCACCAACAAUCUCCCCCCGAGACUCACCGAAACAACCCCCGCCGCCACCUCCCACUCCCCUUCCCCGACCGUCCAUGGCAUGUAGCCCUUGCGUGGAGCAACUCCUCUGACUCUCUCACCGCGUGCAUGGACCAGAUCGAGUGCCGCCUCCGCCACAUCGUCGCCACCCUCUCAGACCGCCUCAAACACGCCGAGAGCGCCUUCAUGGAGUGCGUCGUGGGGAACUGGUUCCAGUGCUGGGAGGAGCAGAAUAUUGCCGCCGGCAAGGAGGCGGUGGGCGCGGACGUUAAGGCGCAUAUGGAAGAGGUGGUGAACGUGGUUCUUUACGCGAACCGCGUGAGGCGGAGCGUUCUUGUGGACAUCAUGAGCGCCACGACUGUGUACCAGGCCGCGCUCUUUUUUGAAGGCCUGGCCCAAUUCCUUAUUGGGUUCAGAGACCACGACCUCCUGAACGCCGUUGAACAGUGCAAGGUCUUGCCUAACGCUAAACACUCUCGCACUUCCUCUCACUGAUCCAUACCCUAACCUAUCUAUUUCUUUCUUUCCCCUCUCUUUUCAUCAUUCUCCAUUCAGCCUUCAUUCCAUAAAAUACUUAUACAUUCAUCUUCUUUACAACUGCUUAAACUUGCUCCUGCAUUUCAUUUCAUUGAUACGCUUCACCUUUCCUUACCAUGUCAAUGUUGAUACUGAAUGACACUUUUUCAAUUCACAUUUUAUCAAUCAAUUCCAACCAUUUCAUCUCUAUAUUUCUUCAUUUUUUUUUUCAUAAGCUGCUUAUCUUUCUUAGUUUC